ACCGCCUGCGCUGAGGCCACGCGCGCGCGGGAAGGCGCCAUGGCCGCCGUGGUGUACUCGUCCCGCGUCGUGGCGGGCGGCGACGAGGGCAGCGACAGCGACGACGGCGAUUGGGACAUUGGCGUCGUGCGGCAGGAGCCGCUGCAGUUGGAUCAAAUGUUGCAGGCAGAGAAGAAUGAGGCAUUAAAGAAGGCCCUGUUUCGUGGUGAUGUGUCAUUAAUUGAAGAUCUCUUAAACUCAGGUAUCAGCAUAGAAACUAGCUUUCAGUUUGGAUGGACUCCCCUGAUGUGUGCAGCCAGCGUAGCUAACUUUGCAGUAGUACGUCUUCUUCUGGACAGAGGUGCUAAUGCAUGUUUUGAAAUAGAUAAAUACACUGUGUUGAUGGCAGCAUGUACUGCACAAGCUUCAGAGGAGAACAUCUUGAACACUGUCGAACUUCUUCUAUCAAGGAAUGCUGACCCUAACCUUACUUGCAGGAAGCAAAUGACUGCACUGAUGUAUGCAGCUAGAAAAGGCUAUCCUCGGGUUGUUGCUUUUCUUGUUGCUCAUGGAUCACACAUAAAUGCCCAAGAUGAAAACGGAUAUACAGCAUUAAUAUGGGCAGCACAGCAUGGACAUAAAAGUGUAAUUUUGAAGUUGCUUGAGCUAGGAGCUGACAAAAAUCUACAGACCAAGGAUGAAAAAACAGCAGCAGAGCUAGCAAAAAUCAAUAAACAUUUAGAGAUAUUUAGUUUGCUCUCUUUGGCUGCAAAUCACAUGCAAGGGAGAUACCAUAAAACAGUUGAACAAGAGGCUAUCUGCAAAUUUCUGACUGCUGUCUCUGACCACAGUGUUGGUUCCUAUUCAACUUUUCAUGACAUGGAAGUGUUUUUACGUGGUCUUGGUCUAGAACACAUUAGAGGAUUAUUGGAGGAACAAGGUAUAACUUUAAGACAACUUCUGAUCAUGCAAAAAGAUGACUUAAUACAGAUUGGCAUUACAAAUGCUGGAGAUCAGCAGAAACUCUUAGAUGCUAUUAACGAUCUGCAAACAGAAGAAAAAAAAUUUGAAGACCUCUCUGAUGUUAUGAAGCUGGAAUUGAGUGAAGAUGAAUUGCUCAAGUUUCUUCAGAAGUUGAAUAAAGAGUGUAGUAAGCUGAUCAUUCCUGUGCAGACCAUGAAUAACCAUUUCCUCAAAAAUUCUCACAAGAUGGUACUGCAGUGGGCACCGACUGAAUGUUAUAUUGAAGUCUGCAAAGAUGUGAUUUGCAGUGUUAAAAAGUUGGGAGAAGAAGUUGGCAGACUGAAGGACCUCGUGGUGGAGUAUGAAGAGAAGAAUAAACCUAACCAAGUGAAACUUCCAGAAAAAGCAGACACCUUGGAAAAAAGAUUAGUAAAAAUGGGAGGGGUAACAUUGCUUGGAUUUGGUUUUUUCUUCUUUGUAAUUAAAAUAGUAGCAAAGAGAACCCUAGUUUAUAGCUGUUUCUCAUCAUAUCUGUAGUAUUUGUAUCCAGUAUGUACUUUGAUCUAAAAAUGAAGUUAUUAAAAAUUAAAACUGUUGCUUAAGAGUAUCUUAGGGUUUUAUUUUGAAAUUCAUUGUUGGUAUAGAAUGCAAGUAUAAAAUCUUGUCAAAGCUGCUUUUCUUUUUUUGGCAUAAAACUGUGAUUAUUGCUUACUAAUUACUAGUUUCAGUUUUUUACUUUUCCUGUUCAGAGCUGAACAUAAGCAAAUUCUGGUUAUAUAUCACAUGUUUGUGUAUAAUGCAGAUAUGUUUUGGGGUUUAAAAUAUUUUAAGUAUCACCUUCAGUUUUAUGUUGAUAAAGAUCUUUUCUCUUGCAGAGAGAUUCAUGUGGGUUUUUUUUCUUUUCAGAAUCAAAAGAACUGUGGUGAUCUUGUUACAUAUUGUCAAAAAAGUAAUUUCCCACUGAACUGUGAUACUUAAAUUAUGCCUGAAAUCUGCUUCCAUCGGGAAACUCACCUCUAUUAAGACUUUGACAUCUAUUAAAAGAAUUGUAGUAGUCCUUUGCUAUAAGAACAGAGACAGCUUAGAAGGCAUAACAGCUUGGUUUUUCUUGUUCUGGUCUUUCACUACAUAUUUUUUCUAAAUAUUUUCUCUGCUUAAAAAUGUGUUUGUAAUCCCACAGUGAAACAUUCGUAACUGGUUUUGAUCUGCUUAUCAAACCAGCUAUUUUGGGAAAAAAGGAAAUUGGUGCAAGUGAAUUCAAAUUAGUUACGUUUUUGCAUGUUUCAGUAAACAUCUGUAAAAAUGCUGAAUAUUUGGGAAGGAACAUUUUUCUUGCAAAACAAAAUAAAAAGAGUCUAAAAAAACCAUAAA